AUGAAUUGGUCGAAUGUUUCAUUUCAUCUUUUAAAAUAUGAAUAUGCCAGAAUAAACGAGAAUUAAAUCCAACAAUAAUCCUUAAAAACUUCACUUAAUAAUUUAUCUUUCUCACUCCCUUUAUAGCAUGAAUAAUUAUAAGAAAAAAUGAGAUGUAAAUCAGCCAUUUGUGAUGAAUUUGGAAAUUGCUCGAAUAAAUAAAGAAUUUUUCAUGAUCUUCAUGUUGAAUUUCCUUAACAUAAAAAAUAAAGACUUACACAAAUAAUCGUUCAAAAUUUAAGUAUUAAAUUUCUAAUUUAGAAAAAAAUCCCUUUAACUAUCAAUAAAAUUCUUUUAGAAAUAUUGUUGUAAAAUCACAAGGUCCAUAAAAUAUUAACUUUAGCAAUUUCAACAAAAGAUUAAAAGAUAUUAAGCAUUAGGAAUAAGAAUUGAAUUUGGAUAGUAAAGCUUUGAUGGAUUUACAAAUAAAGAAUUCAUAAAAACUAAAAUAAGAUAAAUUUCAUAAAGCAGAGAUUGAUCCUAGCAUUGAAACUAUGCAUACUGGUGUCUUAAGUUGUUCUCCUGGAGAAAGCCCUAGAGUCAAGGUCUUAAAAAGUAAAUUGAGGUUUAAUUAUAGAAACAUCCAAUAAAUUUAUUUUAAAAUAAACCCUUUAAAAGACUAAUUUUAUUGAAAAGAUAAUAGUUGAGAGUAAAAUCAAUUCAAAAACAACUUGUUCUCCUAGAUCAAUAUUGAAUUAUCAACAUAAAAAGACAAAAUCUAGUAGUCUUUCAGCUUAUUCAGAAUAAAACAAAUUUCUUCGUAGAAUUAUCGGCAAUUCUCAUCAUAUUAAUACUUAAAAUAAGUAAUUAUGA